GGGUUGGGGCUCCAUUCAGCCCAGAGACAGAGGCGCUGUGCUGCGCGCUCGCUGGAAAGCUCCUACUUCUGCACCUCCUAUCCGUUAGCAUAGCAACGAGGAGCAAGAAGUGAUCCAACAGCGUCUGAAUCUUGAAAGAUUGAUUUCUUGUUUGUCUUUCUCCUAUAUUUGCUUCUCUUCCCUCCUAUUCCCAUCGUGUGUGUGUGCAAUGGGUGUGAGAUAUUGGUCUCUGCAGUAUAUUGCUUUUGCUCUCUAUUUCUCCUGGUGUGCAAUGUACAGUGGUAGAGCAGAAAAACAGUUCGUUAAUGAAUGGGCAGCGGAGAUUCCUGGGGGUCUAAAUUCAGCCAGAGAGAUAGCAGAGGAGCUGGGUUACGACCUUCUUGGACAGAUUGGAUCACUUGAAAAUCACUACUUAUUCAGGCAUAAAAGUCACCCAAGACGGUCUCGAAGAAGCGCCAUUCACAUCACGAAGAGAUUAUCUGAUGAUGAUCGAGUAACAUGGGCUGAGCAACAGUAUGGAAAAGAGAGAAACAAACGUUCUAUCCUAAGAGAUUCAGCAGAGGACCUCUUCAAUGACCCAAUGUGGAAUCAGCAGUGGUAUUUGCAAGAUACCAGGAUGACUCCAGUCUUGCCCAAGUUGGACCUUCAUGUGAUACCAGUUUGGCAAAAAGGAAUAACAGGAAAAGGAGUGGUUAUCACCGUUCUGGAUGAUGGCCUGGAGUGGAAUCACACCGACAUCUACGCAAACUAUGACCCAGAGGCCAGUUAUGACUUUAAUGACAAUGACCGUGAUCCGUUUCCCAGAUAUGAUCCCACAAAUGAAAACAAGCAUGGAACCAGGUGUGCUGGAGAAAUUGCCAUGCAAGCCAAUAAUCAGAAAUGUGGUGUUGGGGUUGCCUACAAUUCCAGAGUUGGAGGCAUUAGAAUGUUGGAUGGCAUUGUGACUGAUGCUAUUGAGGCCAGUUCAAUUGGAUUCAAUCCCAACCAUGUGGAUAUUUACAGUGCAAGCUGGGGCCCAAAUGAUGAUGGAAAAACAGUGGAAGGCCCUGGCAGGUUAGCCCAGAAGGCUUUUGAAUAUGGCAUCAAACAGGGAAGACAGGGAAAAGGUUCCAUUUUCGUCUGGGCAUCCGGGAAUGGUGGGCGUCAAGGGGAUGACUGUGACUGUGAUGGUUACACAGACAGUAUCUACACCAUUUCCAUCAGUAGCGCCUCACAGCAAGGCCUGUCUCCCUGGUAUGCUGAAAAGUGCUCAUCCACACUGGCCACUGCCUACAGCAGUGGGGACUACACUGACCAGAGAAUCACAAGUGCCGAUCUGCAUGAUGACUGCACCGAGACCCACACUGGCACUUCAGCCUCUGCCCCUCUGGCUGCUGGGAUCUUUGCUCUUGCACUGGAAGCAAACCCUCAUCUUACCUGGAGAGAUAUGCAACAUUUGGUCGUGUGGACCUCUGAAUAUGACCCCCUGGCCAUCAAUCCUGGUUGGAAGAAGAAUGGAGCAGGAUUGAUGGUGAAUAGUCGAUUUGGAUUUGGGUUACUUAAUGCUAAGGCCCUGGUGGAUUUAGCUGAUCCCAAAACUUGGAGAGGUGUCCCUGAGAAGAAAGAGUGCAUUGUAAAAGACAACAACUUUGAGCCCAAAUCAUUGAAAGCUGAUGGAGUAAUUACUAUUGAAAUCCCCACAAAAGCCUGUGAAGGACAAGAAAAUUCCAUCAAGUCUCUGGAACACGUGCAAUUUGAAGCAACGAUUGAAUACUCACGGAGAGGAGACCUUCAUGUCACACUCACCUCUGCCGCUGGAACCAGUACCGUGCUUUUGGCUGAAAGAGAGAGAGAUACAUCACCCAAUGGUUUUAAGAACUGGGACUUCAUGUCUGUUCACACGUGGGGAGAGAAUCCAGUAGGCACCUGGGCUUUACGAAUUACUGAUAUGUCUGGAAGAAUGGAAAAUGAAGGAAGAAUUGUGAACUGGAAACUGAUUUUGCAUGGGACUUCCACCCAGCCAGAACACAUGAAACAGCCUCGUGUCUAUACUUCUUAUAAUGCUGUGCAAAAUGACAGGAGAGGAGUGGAGAAGAUGGCCGAUUCUGCGGAGGACCAGGCCACCCCAGAAAGCCUUCAUGAAAGCUCCCAGCCCUCUAAAAGCUCCACUCCCCCAAGUGACAGCGACAGCGACAAGCCAGUGGAGAAAACGCCCUCCAGGGCCAUGCUCCAACUCCUCCGAAGUGCUUUCAGCAAACAGGGAGCCCCCAAUCAAGCACCAAAGAGUCAGGCAGAUGAAAAGCUAAAGAUCCCCUAUGAACAUUUCUAUCAAGCUCUGGAAAAGUUAAACAAACCGUCCCAGUUGAAAACCGCUGAGAACAAUCUGUAUAGUGACUAUGUGGACCUUUUCUACAACAUGAAACCGUACAAGCACAGGGAUGAUCGGCUGCUCCAGGCUCUGGUCGACAUUCUGAAGGAAGGCAACUGACGCGAGGCGGUCUCCUGAGUCGGAAAUGUUCAUUCUUCUUCCUCCCUUCUCUUAUAUCCUGCCUGUGACUGAUGUAGGUUUUCUGUUUUCUUCAUAUGAUUAUGUCCUUGCUUCUCCUUGCUGUCAUGUACAUGUACACAUGCACACACUCACUCAAGCUCACACGUGCUUGCAGACACACACACACACACACACACACACACACACAAACAAACACACAAACACUUGCACCCAAUUUAGCACAUAAGGAGAGGGAGUUUGCUUCCCACUGAGAGCCUAGCUGUGCUGGGGACAAGAGCUCGAUAGAAAACAUGUUUUCACAAGUGGAAUGUUUUGUUUUGUUUUGUUUUGUUUUUGUUUCUGGAAUCAAAGUCCAUUGGUGUUUCGACCAUCGUAUUUAAAAUCCACUCUAAGUUGCCUUUUUCCCAUUUUCAUUUCUCAAAAGAAUAAUAAUUUUAAAAAAUACUCUGGGCUACAAAAACAUUAAAAACAAACUGCUGCAAAACACCAGGAGAUGUGCCUACAGCCUUUUUUUCUGUCCCCUCCAUGGCUGUUUCCUGUCUAGCAAUGACUUUUAAGAUUGUGGUUCUUACAACUAAAGGGCUCCCCAAAUUACAAAAAGUCACUUAGGAUCAUAGAUUGAGAGUGGCAGAGGCCCUUCCAGGUCAUCCGGCCCCAUCCCUCAUUUUCCGGUUGAAGAGCUGAUCCAUGAGGCCAGCCAUCCAGGUGGUUAAAUGGAAGAGCCAAGUUGGAACCUGAGAUGUCCUCUGACUCAUUAAUUUAAAAAUCUAGUGCUCCUUCCAUUGUACCAGAAAAGGGGAAAUGAAUUAAGUAUGUGAUUAAUGUGGAUCACUGAGGCACAAAAAUGGAGUUUUGACCUGGAUUAUCUAGCUUACAUAGUUAGCAAAAUAUACCCAACACUUUGAAUGGUGUAGAACUAACCAUUGGAUUAAAACUUAGUGUUUUUCCUUCUUGGUUCUCCUUAUUUUGAAUUUUUUCCUUUCCCUUUAUAUGCCCCUUUCUCAGAGCUGCACUUUCAGCUUAAUAAGUAGUGUUCUGUAUUUCACAAAGCAAAAAUCAGGAAAUAAUUCUGAAUGAGAACAACCAAGAAAAAAAAAACACAAAUAAGCCAAUACAUUACGCGAAAGAAGAUGUUCUGGUUUGUAAAACGUCAACCUGCUCUUUGGGCUCUAAGACCUCUUUCCUACUCUCUUUGUUUUUAGGCCCCUCAUUCUCACUUCUUUACCAAAGAUACUAGGCAUGAAUAACAUUAAUUAAAGGGGGGAAAAUCUACAUAUGUUAUUUUCAGACCGAA